AUGGCGUAUCCAUGUAUGGAAGUUCUUGAUGAUAUAGAACCCUCGUCAUCCUUGAUGGACGCCACCGGUGUCAGCGAGCCCGUCGUGCCGUCCGCCGGCAAAGGGUUUUUAUCGGGCCUCGUCUCGCAUAGGAUCGGGGUUGUGAUGAGUCUUGCGAUGGCGACGGCCACGGCUUGGAUGAUUACCUAUCGGAUUUACAUUUGCAAAAGCCGCGAUCGCUCCACCACCCCUGGUACCGCCGGGGAUGCGAGGCCAUUCACGUUGAUGCCGUACGACCUUGACAGACUUUCGAAGGUGGGUCUUCCCAGCGGUGCGCACGGCUGGGAGCGCGUUUAUGGGCUGAUGGACAAGGGCAAACUCACCUCGGCUGGGGCGAAAAAACGUCGAGGCGACGGCGCGCGAGCGUUAUUCCAGGAAACCGGGACCGCUUGUAUGACCGCGAGUAUCACCACCGGGAUGGAGGAAAAGGACCACAAUGACGGCUGGGAUGGCGAAUCACAACCAGUGAAUAGCGCGAUGGCCCACUUUUCUCGUUCAGGUCCUUCCGUUGACCCCCAGUUGUUAAAAUUGCAUUCUUGUCUUGGGGAUUAUUCCGACUUCGUGGAUGUGAAUCCUUUGGUAUCAUCCUUCGCGAUCGCACCAGAGGACGUGAUGGAGUUGCCAUUACCGAACGACGUCCCCACGACCCUUUUCAACCCCCCUAAUCUCACCAGCAGCGAUGAGUUUUUUUCGAAUGUCCCCACCGAACAAUCCUGCGCAUGGGACGGGGAGAAACUGCAGGAUUGCAACCAACCGCGCCAUUUGACGCUGCGAACGCGGUAUUUGAAUGAUUUAGACAGGGAUGUCGACAGCGAGUUCGCCUUUUCGAGCCAGAGGGAUUACGAUACCAUGUCAACUUCAUCCGAGCUAUCGCUAAACUUCUCGCCGGAGUGGAAUCUCGCGCCCAGGGCGGGGAAUCAAUUCGGGAUGAGAAGAGUGGGAAAUUUGCUGCUUAAGGAACUGCAGGAUGCUGAGACCUUCUCGCCCGCCUUGGGGGGAAAGGGUAGUCUGUUGAGCAGCGAGAAAAUUAUUCCCGCGGAAAAUAGCGCGAGGAUGGGGGUAAGUAUGCAUGGCAACAUGCCGAAGCUUCACUACGACAACCACGAACAUUCAUCGAUCUCGAGUUCGCGCAAGGUUUUACGUAAUGAGGAACAUUUGGUGUCGGAGCUCCUUUCUUCUCGUUCCACAGCUUCCACCUACCAGGAUGCCGGUUCCCUGUUAAGACGAACAAGCUCGUGUUCUUCACGGUCCUCCAAGUGCAACUAUAGUAUCCAAUCCCAGAGGACUCAGGAUCUUAGAAAUCUUGAGCAAAUUCAAUCUAGUGCGUUUGGGGACUUGCUCACCUUAGGAACCCAUUCUAGCUUGCGCCAUGAGACUGUCGCCGAGGUGGGCAAUCAUUUUAGCAACGAAGAAGGCCAACCACAGCGGACUUUGUCUUCCUCAUCGUUGAGGCUUUUUGACGGCGUGUUGAGUAGCUCGAUAGGAUCUCAGACGACCCAUAAGGAAAAGAUAUUGGGCACAUGCAAUCGCAUGGGGGAAUCACCAAUUUUGUGUUGUGGGCGAUUAGAGAAGGACCCAUUGAUUGAUCGAGUCUGUAAACAUUGUAAUGAUAUUUUCGAUAAAUGCCUUUGCACUUUGGAUAAAAGCAACACCACCUAUGUUGGCUCUUCACUUAAGCCUAAAGAGCGUCUAGUAAUUGGCCACCCCAGGCAUAUGACUUCGGGGAUGGUGGGACAAUUCCACGGGAUGGGGCUAAUCCAGAAUUACAAGAUUCCUAACCUUUCAUCCACCGAGGACAAGGCGCUACCGCUGUCGUACCUCUACGUCAGCGAUCUCCUCGUCUGGAACUCCUUUAAGGAAGGGACCAACUGCUCUUUUGUAUUAUUUCACCACAACGCCACGUUAGGAAAUUGCAGCCGAAUUACCAUCACGAAUUUACCUGGCCCGGGGAUGGUGGGUGAGGAGAACCCCAGAGCGCCAUUGGGUGGGUUUUCCACCACACUGGGCGCCUUUCAAGGGCUGAGCGUCACCCCCUUCACGAACGAAAGGGAAGGAUCACCGCCGAUGGUGGUGGACGUAGCGAGCACUAAAUCAGCUGAGGAGGACGACGUUGACGGUUUUGAAGGCGAUGAUGGUCUCAACCACACGCAGUUCUGCCAAUGUCCGGGCCUUCUUGCCGAGACAAGGCCCCCAGGGGCUUCCGACAAGCUUCCCGCGAAGCUAUCCAAAUCCUUCGGUCUUUUGAUUCUGCCCACGGAGCCCCCGAACGACACGUGGGGGCAGGGGACCACGUACCGUUGGGACCGGAUGGUGUUUGGUCCCUUUAUCGGUGGUGGUAUGUGUGGGAAGGUCUUCAAGUGCGUCGACCCCGAGUCUGGGAAGGUGUUUGCCGCGAAGCAAAUUGUUUUCAACGCCAAAGACCCCAGACUCCAGCAGCGGCUCCAACAACUCAAGCUCGAGAUUGAUGUUCUUACGUUGGCAGCGAACUGUUCAAUGCGUUCGAUCGUUCCCUUUUACGGGGCGCAAAAGUUCGGCCACUCUGUUUUCAUGUUUUUGGAGUACUGCCCACACAAGUCGCUUCUGGACUUCAUGGCCGCCGGGAACAGUGAAGACCAAGGGGUUUGGGAGGCCACCGAGGUCAAGUCGCUUGACUCAACCAUGUCGCCACCGCCACUCGCUGCGAUCGUGCGUUAUGCCGCGUCGUUGUCGUCGACCUCGACAGGUUUCGGGAAGCCGAGCGAUCCACUAGAGGAGCUCCACGAGGUUUUGUCAGAGGAGUUGGAGUCCGACAGCGGCGCCUCUUCCUGCGCGUCAUCUUUCCUCCAUUCUGGCGUCGACGCGUCUUUUGAACUCGCGAUGGAUUUGCCCUCCGCGGCGAACCUGUGGUCCCUCGACGAGGCCCUACAGCCGCAGAUGACGCCACUCUCCAUCAGCCAGGUCCAGCGCUGUCUGAAGGACGUCUUGCAGGCGGUGCACUUUAUGCACUCUCACGGCUACGCGCACAUGGACAUCAAAACGGCCAACCUCCUCAUGACCACCACGCGGGAGUGCCGUUUGGCGGACCUGGGCUGUGCGGUGCGUUUGUCCAACCGAGGGUCGUCGUCCGCGGCGUGGGGUGGCAAGAAAACGCCCUCAGGAUCGGCCUGCCUGGACGAGUCCUUCACGGAGCUCCGCGGCACCGCGCUGUACAUGGCGCCGGAGAUGAUCCGCUUUGAGCGCGCGCGGAUUGGGGCCCCGUCGGACAUUUGGUCCCUCGGUUGUGUCGCGCUGGAGAUGGCGACGGGCUGCACGCCGUGGCGCCACCUCGCGCGGGACAAACUGCGCGUGCUCUUCUGCGUGGGUUCGUCUCGGACGGAGCUGCCGCUGCCACCGCUCGUGACCGGUUGGGCCUCCGAGGCCAGGCGUUGGCUGCGGGAUGGCAGGCGUCGGGGGUGCCAGCGAGGGCCUUCCGCUGUGUCACAGGAGACCGCGGCAGCACAACCCCGCAGGCCACGUAACAGGCCAACGGCAGGGGCGCAACCUCCCGUUGUGUCACAAGGGACCACAGCAGCACGGCCCCGCAGGCCACGUUGUAACAGGCCAACAGCAGGGGUGAGGCCUUCCACCUCCGCUGCCGCCGUACCGGAGGCCGCCAUGACCUCCCCGCUUCGGCAGGUCUGUCGGGUUGAACGAGUGGGCAAGGAGGGGAGCGGAGACGAGGCAGCGGAGAAGGGGGGUGAGUCGGUGCCCGCCGCCGAGGAGGGAUCGACACCUCAUGGGCCGCACCUUCUUCACGACACUUCCGAGGCGGUCAACCGAAAGGAACGGAGACUGAUGCGGCUCUACGUCGCUUUCGAGGACUUCGUGAGGAGUUGUGUUCAACUCAACCCCGAGAAUAGGCCUUCGGCAGAGGAGUUGCUACGGCAUCCUUUUAUCACUUUGUAA